GGGACAUACACAUCUUACCGUUUUCUACGCUUCUUGCCUACUAAGCAUUUUCUUACGUUUUAUAACAUAACACCACCUCUACCUCAAAUAGCCACUCAACUCCUUUUAUCCCUCAGCCUUAUAAGUGAAAGAAGAGUAUCAGAUUGCCAGGUUUCAGCGAAUACAGACACGCCAAUACCCACCAUACACCACAUACCACAUACCACACACCACUCGCACGCCCAAACUGUAUCGUGGACUGGAUCAUUGUGGACUGUGGGACCUAGGACCCCUGAGCAAAUUCAAGCUUUCUGCAACGCGUAAGGACCUUCUCCGGGUCCCUCUUGAACCCCUUCAAAUUUGUCUGGGCUAAGCCUACACGGCUUCCACGAUUUGUACCCAAUUUUAUCACGAAUCUUAAUUCAAACAUACUUUUGUUUAAACCAAAAAGAAGUUCGAUUUUCGAAACCUUCUACACCCAGAUAUUAUUCCUGGUCUUCCAAGGUUCUUUCGCCUUCUCAUGAAGAAAAAAGAGUUGCAUCCCGCUUGCUCUCCCUUUCAAGUCCACCAGUCCCCCCCCCACCCUUCAUAUCAAAUCAAUAAGCACCUAGCACCUAGCACCUAGCACCUAGCAACUACCUAGGUACCAUUCCAUUCCCAUACACGCACAAUAAUCAUCAAACUCUCGUUGCACUUGUUGUUCUGAUUACCCUCAUUACCCUCAUUACCCUCAUUACCCUCAUUACCCUCAUUACCCUCAUUACCCUCAUACUUUGCCUGUCUGCCCGCCUACCAUACCUACCUCCCUACCUAUCUCGCUCCCUCCUCUCCCUAGUACCCUACCUGCUCUCUCGGACUCGGACAAUUUAUGGACCUUGGUAAAACAUUGACAAGUUCUAAUCUGAGGAACUACUGCGAGUAACUACCUAGGUACUUUGCACGGAAAAAGUUACUAGGUGCAUUUGAAAUCUUUUGAGUUUUGACCGACAAAACGUUCAUUCACUCACUCGCUCGCUCACUCACUCACCCACUCAUUCAUUCCUCUAUUCAUUGAAGAAGAUUGCAAAUCCUGGCUGCAAAUCACAAUUUCACAAAAAACCCCAUAUUCUCAUCCCAAAUCCUUCCAACAGAAGAAAAAAAGGCAUUAAGUCUUAGGUUCAAGAAUAUCAGAGACCUAAAACCAUUAUUAGGCUCCCCGAUUUUCCGUCUUUUAUUACCAGUCAACCCAUCAUUAUUAUUGAUUGAUUGAUCCAACCAACUAUCCCUUCAUCAACAAAUCCCCAUUCGUAUUUCGAUUCACUAUUAUAUUCAUAUUUAUUUUUAUAUUUAUUAUUUUACCAUUUAUUAUUACACCAUUGCUAUUACCUAUUAUUUAUUACUCAAUUUCCACACUCAAGGAUUUGCCAUGCAUCUUGAUUCACUUCUUAUCAUAACGACUUAGCAUUGGCAACUGUUGUUGUUUCCCCCGCAGUCGCCCGGAAUUUGCAGUUCUGCCAAUAUUCUGCGUGCGACUUUCCGUCAAUUCCUUCCCAGUACUUGGCAGACACGAUUAAGACUUGGCACCGCGAACAUAUCAUAUAUUGUAUUAGCAUGUGCGCGAAUGUCACUUCAACGACCCAGUCGUCGCCGACCGCAUCGACAGGUCGCUCUCUGUUUUCUAGAUUGACUGCCCCAUUGAAGUCCCGAACGCGCAACCUGGCCGACUUCCAUAUCGAACCACUUGAACCUCAUCGGCGAUAUGCACCGGGUGAUCUGGUAAGGGGUGCCGUGGUAUUGACUGUUGUCAAACCCGUACGGAUUACCCACCUCACUGUCUGCCUACAUGGUUUCAUACACGUCUACAAGAAUGCCAAUGGCGCGAACGAACCUCUGCCAGAUACAGUGACGUAUGCCUCGGACAACCCCAUGAAGUCGCAAUACUUUGGCAAUGGUUAUUGCUCACUCUUCCAAGAUGAAGUUGCAUUAUGUGGUGAAGGUAGACUUGAUGCUGGAGUAUAUAGAUUUAAUUUCGAACUGGAAUUUCCUACCAAGGGUAUUCCUACAAGCGUCGAUUUUGAAAGAGGAACGAUAUCAUAUCAGAUCUCUUCGACGAUUACCCGGCCAACUACAAUAGCUGCGACCUCGAUGUGCGAAAGGAAGGUUGAGCUGGUUGAGAGAGUAGAUGUUGGUCCCUUGGGACCACCCCGACCUCGAACAAUAUCACUGGAACCCAUCUCGAGACGAGCAAAGAGGAAGAAGUCCAUUAAGCCAAAAGAUCACCCCCCAUCCCGCGAACAUGCGGACACAAGAUCCAUUAGUGAUACAACCGAAGCUACAUCACCGCGGCCGGAUGACUCUGUGAGCCAAGUGGAUAUACUCGAUAACCAAAUACAACCCCGAAGCCCGGCGCAAAGCGAUGUCCAAAGCACUUUCAGUACAGACAGUACGAUCAGUAGUAGUACUGGCCUCAGCUUUCGGUUGGGACCCGUUCCAUCAUCGGCACGGUCUACUCGAGAUAGCCAAGGCAACAGCAGCAAUUCCGUAGACGAUAAAACCAUUACAGCUACAAUCGAACUACUCAAGUCCGGAUGCUUACCAGGAGAUUAUCUGCCCGUGAAAAUUACUGUACAGCAUACCAAAGCCAUCAAAAGUAUGCAUGGAAUUAUAAUUACGUUCUAUAGACAAGGCCGAAUAGAUUCUUCGCCUCCACUGUCACUGUUCAAGGAUAUCAAAGGGAAAGAAGCGGAAAGGCUUAAGCAUGAAGAAUAUUAUCCUAAAUCUAAGACUGGCUUGGGUGGUCUGUCACUAAGUUCCGCUGGAUCGACUAGUGUCUUUCGAAAAGAUUUAUCGCAGACAUUUGCGCCACUCAUUGUUGACCCUUCAACCUUGACGUCGCAUGUCACAGCAUCUAUCAGAGUUCCUGAGGACUGCUUCCCAACUAUAAGUGGCGUGCCUGGCCAGAUGGUAAACUUCAAAUAUCAAGUUGAAGUUGUAGUUGACCUGGGAGGGAAAUUAGCCGGCCAACAACGACACGUACCACGCAUUGGAACCGUUAGCCUACCUGCCGCCUAUGGAAGCACAGGUAAUAGAUCAGAAGGGAAUGCCAGCAUGCUGGCUGCCUUUGGAGGUAGCAUUGUUGAUACGGAUCACAUUAGGCGAGAAAAGAGCGUGGUUGCCUGUGUUUUCGAAGUUGUUGUUGGGACUACGGAUAGUGCUCGAAACAAAGCAAGGCAUACCGGUAAACAACCAGCUGAAUCCUCAAACUCGAGGCCAGUCACACCCUCUCCAGCUCAAAAUCCCAUGCAUGAAGAGCCUUUCGACCACGAGUAUAUACACCAGGGAAAUGCGCAAUACCCCAAUCAUCCUUAUCAAUAUUACGACUCGAAUUACGACGAACCAUACCCUUAUGAAUAUAAUCAAAAUUUUGAACAGCGUGCCGAUCAACAUUCUAGAUACCCGCCGCCAUCACAUACACAAAUAUACGUUCCACCACCAGAAACUGAAGGACAAACAGAACUCAGUGAAAAGGAACAACUUAGGAGAGCAGAACAGAGACUUCUUCCCAGUCAGCCUCCGGAUUUCCAAGCAUCAUCAUCAUCGUCAUCAUCGGCCGCAGCAAGGGGUAGUACCGGACCAUCUGUACCUAAUCCAGCCGAUGAAGAUCUUUACACCGCCGAUGGUCUACCACCCAGCAACCCCAGACCCCUUACAUCUCAUCCAGUUGACCCGUCGAAUCCGCACCUAAGCGAAUCUCCACCUGCUGGCCCCUCAGCCCCCAGUCUCUCGGAUCUCACACCGCAUGCCUCACACACCUCGCACGCCACAGACGAUAAACAAGAACUCGAACGUCAAAGACUCCUAGCCGAAGCAAGCGCACCCUCAGAGUUUCCUGAGUUGGAAGAGGGGGGCGAGAGUAGCCGACAGGGCGCUGCUGCUUCGGCACCACAUGACCAUGAACCUUCGGCGCCGAUCUUUCACGAAGAAGACGAAUAUGGAAGCGGGUAUGCACAUCAGCAUUUUGAGGGAACAAGAGUGGACCAUGAAAGUUUACCGCCAAGAUAUGAGAGGUAAUUUGGGGAUGUAUGUAUGUGAACAAGAGCUUUUGUACUUGUAAAUACCCAGCGACAGCGAAAGGGAGGGGGAAAUGGAACAGGGAGAUACUGUUAGAAGCUAUGCUAUGCUAUCCAGAUACCGAGGGGGACUUUCCAAGAUAGCUGCCAGUGGACGACUUAAAUGAAUAUAUAAUAUCUAUAAAAAAAAAUUAAC